AUGGCUCUGGGCACAUUCGUCAAUUCGUACAACGGCAAAUCUUUGCACACUGUAAACCUACGUGGGUGCACACCUGGCGCAACUCUUAGCAUUCUUGUGGAGAAUCAGGGAAGGCAAACAUACGAGACUAUUAACGACUACAAGAAUUUCGCUUUUAAGGGCAUUCUAUCUGAUGUUGAAAUGGACGGAAAACCGUUGCAGAAUUGGACUCAGUGCAAACUGGAUAUUAUCCAUGAUUACGCUAACAUUACAACAUCUUCUUCAAGUGUGGUAGGUAUCUUAGUUGUUUUUUCACCUACAACUUACCAUUUGGAAAAUUUCCAGCAAAAUGCAGGAAAUUACGGAGUGUACCAUGGAGUAUUCAAAGUUCAUGCACCAACGGAUACAUUCCUUAACACAAGAGGAUGGGGCAAAGGUGUGGCGAUAAUAAAUGGGAAUAACUUGGGACGUUUUUGGGCCACUGAAGGACCGCAGAUUACCCUUUAUGUGCCUGCUGCUUUUCUUCGUGCUGGAGAGAACUCACUGCUAAUAUUGGAGUUGGAAGGAGCAAGCAACUGUACUAAGGACACUUGUUCGAUAUCUUUAGUAGAUCAACCCAUCUAUGUUUGGAAGGAGACGACUAGCAGCAGGGCUGACUUUUUCGAAGGCCCGCGACGUCAGCCACGCGGAUGAGG